AUGUCGACGUCAUUAAUUCGUUCGGCGCGAUGCACGGCGGCUGAGAUUCUCUCCAUGUCCUCGCAGAUCAUCCACGCGCUCAGCUCGCUCCUCUUGCUCUUUCGCGCCCUCGUCGCCCUCGCCGCCUGCAGACUCGCCUUGACGUUUCUCUUGCCGCCGCUCCGCGUCGUACAGAGAAUCGUACGAUUCGUGUGCCUCGUCGAGACCUGGCUCUCGGCCAUUGUACGCGAUAUUGAGUUCUACGGUAAGGCUCGGGAUCUGGAGCACAGGGAUGAGUACACGGAGAAUGCGGCUUACACAUGGAGUUGCGAGGGCGGUGAGCAAGUGGGCUGCGAUGAGUGGGCGCCAUGGGAUCAACUCAGACUGUCUUCGUCAUCGCUAGGCGUUAAAACCUCACCGGGUAGGUUAUGGGACGGGGAGAACAUGCGGCGAUGGGUGGAGGAGGCCAGGGCUGUUGCGAAGCUCGCCACAGCAGCAGGCGAAGAGGACAUUGUAUUAAGAAGAGGAGGCGAAGGGCGGAGCAGGACUAUCGCAGCGGGUACGUCUGGCGAGCUGCACUCGCAAGAAAACGACGCCCUGCAACACGAGCUCCAGCAGGCGCGAGCGACGUGCGACGCUUUGCGACAAGAGCUCGAGCAAGAGUGGGUGCUGAACGACAGUUUGCGACGGGAGCUGGAGCAGGAGCGGGCGGCAGCGGACAGCGCUGCGAUGGCGAGCAUGGAGUCGAUCCGACGGUUGCAAGACGACAAAGCUGCCGACCAGUUAGCGGCCCGGCAGAGAGAGAGAAUCCUGGUCGAGAAAGCGCGGUACGAGGAGGAGGAGGUGGAGGGUUUAAGGGCCGAGGUGGAGAGACAAGGGGGGGAGAUUCUUCUGCUGCGCGAACAGGCUGCGUUCGCCGGUUUUCGUUACGUUACCAAUGAUACGGAUCACGGGUAUGCAGGAACGGAAGGUGACAUAGGUGAUCCAGGAGGAAGAGAGGACGAGGAGAGGUUGGGUAGAUCGGAGGAAGAGGAGGGGUCAGAGAGAGGAGCGCGCAUUCACAACAUCGAUGAGGACCAGGGGAGUAACUGGGGUGGUGGCGUGGGUAGCGUCGGUGACAUACGUGGCUUGAGCAGCUGGAGUGGCUUGAGUGGCAUGGGUGGUUUGGGGGCCGUGAUGGAGAGUGAUGGAGCGCAGGGGUGGAGCAAGAAGAGAGCGCUGCCGGAUUCAAAGGAGCUGGAAAGCGGAUUGGAAUGGGGAGAGUUCUCAGAAACAACCGCUCCAACAGCCCGACGAAGGAUUGACCCGCUGUCCCUAGCCCAACAGGAAGUGGGUGCAUUCUCUGCAGCAGCAGUGCUGGAAGCUCCUCUAGCAGCAGCAGUGUCUGAAUCUCCCCUGGCAGCGGCAGUGCUUGAAGCUCCAGUGGCGGUGGCGGGUGACGCUGCUUCUUUGUCAUACGCCCUUGGUGAUUUCCUCAGGCCCUUCCUCCCUGCCGCUAAGGCCGCUGACGCUGGGUUGCUUUCUCCUAUGCUCCGUGCACCGCUGCUUGAACCUGCUGCUGCUGGCAUGGCUAUUGGAGUGGAUGAAUGGCGGCAUGGGAGAAGGGAUGUGCAGUGUGAACUCGGAAUGACGGGCGGAAAGGCGAUAGAGGGCGGAAUGACGGGCGGAAAGGCGAUAGAGGGCGGAAUGACGGGCGGAAAGGCGAUAGAGGGCGGAAUGACGGGCGGAAAGGCGAUAGAGGGCGGAAUGACGGGCGGAAAGGCGAUAGAGGGCGGAAUGACGGGCGGAAACGCGAUAGAGGGCGGAAUGACGGGCGGAAAGGCGAUAGAGGGCGGAAUGACGGGCGGAAAGGCGAUAGAGGGCGGAAUGACGGGCGGAAAGGCGAUAGAGGGCGGAAUGACGGGCGGAAAGGCGAUAGAGGGCGGAAUGGGAGGGGGAGAUGGUGGAAGAGGGCGGAAUGACGGGUGA